AUGGUUGGCUUUUAUAAGUCUUUCUUGGUCGUUGCGUUGGGGGUUUUGGGUUCGGCAGCCGAUUCCUCCUUAUUUGAUAUCAACAUCGACAUUGCCUUGACCGAGCGAUUGUGUGGAAAGCAUAACACUGCUGUGCGGAAGGAAUGGGGAGAGUUGAAGAAAGCUGAGCGGAUCGACUAUAUUGAUGCGGUGUUGUGUAUGCAAGGGAAGCCUCAGCAACUUCCAAGAGAAGAGUACCCGGGAGUGCAGAACCGGCUUGACGAUUUUGUGGCUACCCAUGUCAACUACACACUCAAUGUCCACCUUAGUGGUCUGUUCCUCCCGUGGCACCGUCACUUCCUCUGGCUUUGGGAGACAGCCUUGCGAGACGAGUGUGGCUACUCUGGAAAUCUGCCGUACUGGAACUGGCCAUUGUGGUCAGAGAAUCUAAAAGCCAGCCCUCUCUUCGACUGCAGCGAAAGCUCCCUCUCCGGCGACGGCAAUUACAACCCAGGCGAACAAAGCCUCUCCGGCGGCGCAGUAACCAUCCCACGAGGAUCGGGCGGCGGCUGCGUGCGAUGCGGACCCUUCAAAGACAUGCAAAUCCACAUGGGACCCUUCGACCGCAAUAUUGCCUCAUUCGACAAACUCCCCGCCCCAGGCUUCGACUACAACCCGCGCUGUUUCAACCGCAGUCUAAAUAAUUUCGUCAGCAGCAACUACGACAACGAAACCAUUGUCGAUCGACUCCUGGCCGCGACAAACAUCUCCGAUUUCCAGACCGUCAUGGACUACUGGCCCGCGCGGCCGGGUGGGGUGCUGGGCGUGCAUGGCGGCGGACAUUUCAGCCUCGGAGCCACACUCCAAGACCUCUUCACGUCGCCGCAAGACCCGGCUUUUAUGCUGCACCAUGGGAUGAUCGAUCGGUUGUGGAGUAUGUGGCAGGCCAAGGAUGAGGACCAUCGUCGGUUUGCACUCAAUGGUACGAAUAGGCUGUCUAAUCCGCCGGGUGCGCCGCUUGUCACGGUUGACAUGGUGAUGGAAUUUGGUGUCCUUGAUCGGCCCAGACGGGUCGGCGAUGUUAUGGAUCCGACUAAAAAGCACUAUUGUUAUUCGUAUAGCUGA